AUGCCCAAUGUACUCCUGAACAUCCCCCCAGAGAUCCUUCUCUACAUCUUCUCCUUCCUCGAUAUCCCUGAUCUCGCCGCGCUCUCCAAACUACACCCCUACUUCUCCCUCCUCACCUCCGACCCCCUCCUCCACCGCACCCGUCUCCUCGUCGUCGCCCCCUCCCGCGUCUCGCAUGCCCUAUUCGCCCUCGGACCACAAGGGCUUCCUCUCCGCCCCACAGUCGCCGAUCUCGUCCAUUGGGGCGUCAUGAAGGGCUUCAACAUCGAGCGAAGAUGGAGGAUGGGGCUUUAUUUCUAUUCACCUCUCUCCGUCAUCAACUACGAAUCCUCCGUCCGUCUCCAGCGCCGUCACGCCUCCAACAUAGUCUCCUCCAACCUCCGUCGCCGUACCACCAGCCCCGGUCCCAACAUCCUCAAAUCCCUCCACAUCACACACAUCUACCCCGACGUCGAGUCCUCCUCGCCCUCCGUCUCGCGCUCCCUCCUCCCCGUCAUGCGUCAGCUCAAGUGGUCCCUCAAGCGCGACACGCUCGCGAGGAUUGUUAGGAGCCAGAGCGGAGUGCACGGAGAUGGGCCAGGGAAGGAACUGGGCAGUCUCGGAGCGGUGGGCAAGUGGAUCGAGAGCAGGAGCGGGACUAUAUUGGCGGGUGAGUCUGAGAGGAUUCGACUUGCGAUACCUGGUCCGUUUAGGAGCAGGUUGUGGACGUGGACGAAAUCGCUACUCGCCUUCCAAAACGGGGUAAUUUGCAUCUCCCACGCUGCCCGUUCCAGAGCUCGGCAAACAGUAGUGGCGCGGUUCCCGACGUCAUACCCAUCUCUUGCUCGUGUCUCAGACUCUCACUGCAAAGCUUAA